AUGGCUUUUCUUGAAAGGAAGGAUACGCAGGCCAUCUUAGCAUUAUCUGUAGUUUCAGCCUGGUUUAUCAUUAUCUUAUUUGCAUAUUUACUGCACAAGAGGAAGAAAAAAGAAGCCAGGAACAAAUGGAACGAAAGUUUACUGCACAGAAUUGGUAAUUCACACUACCAUAAGGAUACUUUGGCGGCAAAUGAAGUUAGUAUGAGUCUUCCAGACAUUGCAUUUUUCGAUCUGAGCACGAUACUUACAGCGACUGACAAUUUCUCUCCAUCUAACAAACUAGGACAAGGUGGUUCUGGCUUGGUAUAUAAGGGUCAACUGUCUAACGGACAGGCGGUGGCCGUGAAAAGACUUUCCAAAAAUUCAGGACAAGGAAUAGAAGAAUUCAAGAAUGAAGUUAUGUUGAUCGCAAAGCUUCAACACAAGAACCUUGUGAAAAUCGUAGGAUGUUGUGUUCACGGAGAAGAGCCAAUGUUAAUUUAUGAAUACUUGCCAAACAAAAGCUUGGACUCCUUUCUUUUCAAUGAAAGAAAAAGGACAAUUUUGGAUUGGAGAAAGCGCUUUGAUAUUAUUGUUGGGAUUGCUCGAGGGAUCUUGUAUCUUCACAAUGACUCAAGGUUGAGAAUUAUUCAUAGGGAUUUAAAAGCUAGCAACAUUCUAUUAGACGCAGAGAUGAACCCAAAAAUUUCAGAUUUUGGCAUGGCUAGAGUCUUUAAAGCAAAUCAAAUUCAAGAGAAGACAAAUAGAGUAGUUGGAACAUUUGGUUAUAUGUCACCAGAAUAUGUGGUGUUCGGAAAAUUUUCAGAAAAAUCUGAUAUCUUCAGUUUUGGGGUAAUAUUAUUAGAGAUCAUUACUGGGAAGAAUAACAAUGGCUUCCAUGAAGAGGAUUCCUACCUAAGCUUGAUAGGACAUGUGUGGGAGUUGUGGAAAGAAGGAAGCGUAUUGGAGAUAGUUGAGGUUGUAAGUCGCUAA